UUCAGUCAUGGAUUUAAUUUUGUGCAUAAUCUUAGUCGCUUUGCUAGUGCUUUAUUAUCUGUGGACACGUCGUGAGUUUUAUAAGCUUUCUAUGAAGUUUCCUGGUCCUCUAGGAUAUCCUUUAAUUGGCAUAGCAUUAAAAUUAUCCCAUAACGGAGUCGUGCUCAAGCUGCUAAGAACUUAUAUCAAGAAAUAUGGAAACAUUUUUGUGUCCUGGCUGGGUCCAUUUCCUAUGCUUAUUGUCAGUGAUCCUCAAGUAACACGGGAUAUAUUAACGUCUCCAAAUUGUGUGAAUAAGAGUUUCUUCUAUAAGAUUGUAGAUGAUUCUUUGGGCAAGGGCUUGAUCACUCUGCACGAUUCCGAUUGGACCAAACAUAGAAAGAUCUUAAAUCCCGCUUUCAGCCACAAAAUGUUGCUGAGUUUCUUUCCGAUUUUCAACAAGGAGACAGGAAUAUUACUUAAAGAGUUCAACAAAUUAGCAGAUGGCGAAGAAAGGGAUAUAUUGCCAUGUUUACAGCUGUUCACAUUAAGCAUAGCAACGCAAACCACAAUGGGCACUUGUGUUAAGGAAGAUCCAAAAUUCCAGGAUAAUUCUAUAGUGGUUCAUUUUAAAUGGCUUCUAGAAUGCGCAUCUGAUAUUAUGCACUCUCCGUGGUUGUAUUAUCCAAUUAUACGUCAAAUUUUGGGCAAAGAGGAGCAAUUUGUAAAAUCCAAAAUCUAUGCAAGUACAUUUAUAACCAAGAUAGUGGAUCAGAAGCUCUCUGAAGAUAUUAAAGAUGAAACCCCCUGCAAUAAUAAUUCUGUUCUCAAUUUGGCAAUUCACCAAUUUAAGCGUGGCACCUUUGACAGAAAGGAUGUUGAAGAUGAGUCGUGUGUAAUGGUUGGUGCAGCCGCUGAGACAUCCUCAAAUGCAGUAGCCUUUACGCUCAUGCUGCUAGCCAUGUUUCCAGAGUAUCAAGAAAAGGCAUUUGGGGAAAUUCAAGCUCUGUUUCCUAAAGCGGGCGACUUUUCAAUUAGCUACGAAGAUAUACAACAAAUGGUUUAUUUGGAUCUCGUUUUGAAUGAAUGUUUGCGAUUAAUACCGCCGGUUCCAAUCGUAGCACGGCAAACGUCUCAACCUGUGCGGCUAUCAAGCGGCGUUGUGAUACCCAAAGGCAUGCAAAUUAUUAUUAACAUAUUUGAAAUGCAACGCAGAAAGGAUAUAUGGGGAGAAGAGGCGGAAUCUUUCAAUCCUGAUCACUUUCUGCCACACAAUUUCCAGGACAUACAUCCCUACGGUUUUAUACCCUUUACAAAGGGUAUACGUAACUGCAUAGGGUGGCGAUAUGGUCUCUUAUCUAUAAAACUCACGUUGGCAAAAUUACUGAGAAACUAUAAAUUUAGCACAAGUUUUAAUUUUAAAAAUCUCGAAUAUGUUGAAAAUGUAACCAUGAAAUUAGCUACUAUGCCGCUUUUGAAAUUUGAACAGAGAAACUAACUUAAAACUUAAUAAAAGAACAUUUAAACCAUUAACCGAUAAAAAUCUAAUC